UCCCGUCCUCCUGGGCGUGGCCAGCAGCUUUCUAACGCUUUUUGUGUGGCUAACUUGUGAGCGCUGCACUACUAUACCGCCGGGUUCCGCAUAGCGGAUUAGUGGAGAGACUUUGAGCUGUUCUUGCAGGAAGAAAUACGCGACAAUGACUUCGACAAACACUUUCCAGGGCCUUGAGGACGGUGCAAAACCGAGUUCGAGGGUUUUGCGACCUCCCGGUGGAGGCAGCAGCAACAUAUUCGGUGGCUAUGAGGACGAUGGUGGUGCUUCGAGACGGCCAAACAAGAUGGCCUCCACGAUUUUCAGCCCUCCAGAGGAGUCUCAAGGCGGCCCCAAACGCUCCAACCCUCCAGGUGGAAAGAGCAGUGGGAUUUUCGCCGAGCCCCAGGCUUCUUCCCCGAGACGUCAGCCCUUGCCUCCGAGUGGAGCAGCUAACAACAUCUUCGGAGGGCAGGACUCAAACCUGCCUACGGUUAAAAGUCAUCCCAACAAACCAAAGGACAACAUAAGUUUGGGUUCAGCUGUUACAGUUGCAGCACCAGCACCUCAGCCAAAGGAGCCAGUGGAAGUGAAGAAGGAGGUUGUAGUCACUCCUCAGGCGACCCCCCAAAAAGAAGCUCCCCCUCCUGAACCCGUAGCCAGUCAGGAUGCUGAGCCGUCCUCCAAACAACCAUCGGAGAAGGACCACGAGCCGCGCCUCGGACCUCGGCCACGCUCACACAACAGAGUGCUCAACCCGCCUGGUGGAAAAUCCAGCGUGGUCUUCUACUGACCAGUGCUGUGUUUUUUGUUUUUUCCUCUCUCUCUCAAUCUCACUCUGUUCUGUCUUAUUAACACUGCUACUUUAGUUUUUUUUAAUCAUUUACGUUCUUCAUGGUCUGUUAUUUUCUUUGUUUUUUUUCCCCCCUCCAUAUUCCUAUUAGUUUUCCCUCUUGCACUUUCUAAUUCAUUCCUUAAACAACCCUCUUCCCUGCUAACUGACGGUUUGAGUAACGGUUGCGCUCAAUCAAUCAAAUGGUUCAUCAAUCACACUUGGAGGUUGAUUGUUUUAUGUGAAUGUGCUCUCUGAAUUUGAUAUUGUAUAGAAUACAAGUCUGAUGAUGGAAAUGUAAUGCGUGUGUGCGCGCAACGGUAAACUGGAACCAUUGUCUUAGUAAUGGCGCAUGUAUGUAUGUAUCCCAGUCCGAGUGAGUUCUCAUGCAGCGGUUCACAAUCCCCGUC